AUGGGCAACGUAUUGCGGUUUAAAUGUAUAGACUGUGCGAACGCAGACCAACGGCAACGCAGAAAAAUUACUGUGCUCCUGGUUGGUUUGGACAACGCUGGAAAGACUUGUACCGUUAAAAGUAUUAUGAAAGAAAAGCAAAAAAAUAUUCUUUCUACUGUUGGAUUUUCGUCUUCCAAAUGUAAUUAUCACGACAACGCUAUAACUAUUUACGAUUUAGGUGGUCACAAACAAAUCAGAGAUAUAUGGAAGCAGUAUUUUGCUGAUGUACACGGUGUAAUAUUUGUGGUGGAUUCUUCGGAUCUUAGUCGGUUAGAUGAAUGUAAAGAGGUUUUUCAUAAUUUACUUGGGCAUGAAAAUAUUGCCGGAAAACCUGUGCUAUUAUUUGCCAAUAAGCAAGACAAACCAGGGGCGCUAGAUGAGUUGGACAUAGUAGAUCGAUUAAAUGUAGAAGCUGUAGUAAAUACAAAUAAGUGUCCAACACUUGUAGAAACAUGUACUGCUCUUCAUACGGCACCUAUUAAUUACUGUAGUUCUGCUUUUAUUGAUCCAAGCAUUGAUAGCGGAUUUAGUUGGCUGGUAUUACAUAUUGUAAGGCUAUAUGAUACGCUCAACCGUCGUGUCAUGGAAGACAUGGCACAGUAUAAAGCUCAAGUGGAUAAGAAGAUCGAAGAGUGGAAAAAAAAUCAACAGAAUUCAAACGACUCAUAUUUACUAUCGUUUAACGCACCGCACCGGAGGUCUACCAAACGCAAUCCGUUCAGGCGAAUUAACAAAGUCAUAGAUAGUUUUGAUUCAAAGUCAUCAAACCCGACGACUGAAAUGGGGAGUACAUCGUAUAUUAUACCACUCAGAAGUGAGUCCGAUGAUGAGUACGAACCACCUGAGCUUCAACCACAGCCUGAGCCAACUGCAUUCCGAAAUAAAGUCGCCCCGACAUUACAGACAAAAAUACAAGCAGAACCAAUGCCAUCGGUCAAAUCGCGAUCACCGCUUUUCAGGGCCAAGUCCAGAGAGUAUGAUAGGAAUUUGUCCGAAACCGUAACGACCACCGCUAAUACCACUACCGCCAUUACCACCAUUAGCUCGACUGAAAUGUUUAUUCAAAACGAAUCUGGCACAGCAAAAAUGAAACGAUCUAUUUUUAGUAAUAAGUCAAAUUCAGCUGGAGCUAGUGGUAGUGGUACCACCCGUCCGUUAAAACCUAAUCGGUCGUCUAGCGCGAAGUCAUUGAAGAAAAGUGAAUUGUCUAACAAACAAGAUGAUAAUUGUAGAUCGGAAAAUUUGUAUCCAAAUGAUGAAGAAGACGUGGUGGUUCAACAACCGGAUGUAUCAAACGCUAGUCCAGAAAUAAUAAGCCAUAUAUAA